AUGAGAAAGUUUGUUGACUCUUGUGAAACAGGUGAAGAGAAACACUGGUACCCAGAUUCAGUUCCUUUAAUAAAGAGAUUAAUUACAAUAUUAAAUGAUUUUAGUAGAAAAUUUGACUCUAGGGCUAAAAUGAGAAAAGAUGCACAAGAAGCUUUUCAAUUUCAUCAUUCUGCACUUUACUUAAAUGCUUCUAAUUCUUCCCAAUAA